UACACAACGUAAGCUCGACAGAAUGUCAAUUUUCCAGACUGGCCACUUCUGCACCAACAGCUAGCUGCAAGCACAAGCUACUAUCCCACUUUACGCUGUAUGCAAUGCCUUCAGAUGACAAAUAUCAACUUCUGGCUCGUUGCAAGAGAAAGCCCACCGGUUGCGCUUUUGCGACAACCGGUCUGCAACGUCUGACAGGUAGCGUCUUCGUCGCAUCUUCAUCCUCACUUGGAGGCAACACUGACUGCAGGCUUCACUUCGCUGCCACUCCAUAACGGUCUUCCUCGCCAUGAUGACUCUGAGCGCCGACCAGCUGCAGGCUCUGAUGCAGCACAAGCAGCAGGCCCUCAUCCUCCACCAGCAUCAUCUCAAAGAAAUCUACAAGAAACGGCAGCAGAUCAACGUGCGGUUGCUUCAGCAGCAGCCGCUAAAGAAAAGCAAACAGCUUCUUGCUCAUCAACUGGCGCUCCAGCAGCUCCUGCACAUCCAGCAUCAGGUUCAUCGACAGCAGUCAACACGCUCCUCUGCCGCGGAUAUAAGCACAGAGGAAUCGAAGCAGGUUUGGAAGGAGAUGACAAAAGGAGCAGCAGCAGCAGAAGAAGAAGAAAACAGCAUCAAGUGCGAUCUCAAAGGCGCUGAUCACACGACGACAGUCGGCAAAAAUCAAACGUGCGACCUCCUGUCACGUUCUACUCACAAGCGUUUGAGUCAAGAUGAUUUCACAGCUCCAAAUGUUCUCUACGGUCACGGUGUGUGCAACUGGCCCGGGUGUGAGUCCAGCUGCCAAAGCUACAACCAGUUUGUCAAGCACAUGCGCUGCGAGCACACACUGGACGACAAAAGCGCAGCACAGUGUCGAGUCCAGACGCAAGUGGUUCAUCAACUGGAGAUUCAGCUGCGCAAAGAACGAGAUCGUCUGCGCGCGAUGACGGCUCACCUUCAGCUGAUGCCCUCUGCGGACUCCCACUUUGCACCACGCGACACUUCAGCCAACUUGCAGUCCAGCUCGGUUGCCAGCGAGCCCCCCUCGCCGAGUCCUCCUGGUCUUGCGGCCCCCGUCGGCGACUCUCCUACUUCGUGUGCCGAGGCCGUGAGUCGCCGACAUCACCCGUCGGUCUAUGCUACAGAAAAAGAACACGAUCUCUACAAGAACGCCGACGUCAGACCGCCCUUUACGUACGCAACCUUAAUAAGACAGGCCAUCAUGGAAUCAGCAGGCAGGCAGCUAACGCUGAACGAGAUCUACACCUGGUUCACGGGUACCUUUGCCUUUUUCCGGCGCAACGCCGCAACCUGGAAGAACGCAGUUCGCCACAACCUGAGCCUGCACAGAUGCUUCGUCCGCGUAGAGAACUCCAAAGGCGCCGUGUGGACGGUUGACGAGGCGGAAUAUCAACGACGGCGAUCCCAGAAGGUGACGGGGUCAGUAGAGGAAUGCUCGGAGUCCACUACUGAUGAAAAGCGUUCACUUUGGCUCGGUUUUGAACGAGGAGGACCCGCGAUAGGAAACAAUGGCUAACUGAAGCUCGACAGGACUCAAAUCAGCAACGAUGACGUUACAAGUUAAUCUAAAAAACGACCGGAUGAAAAAUAUUCAACUCUGCAUUAUGUAAUUCAAAACCUGUGUCUGUAUUGCUUAUUCACACUUGCACAGGGAGAACAUGUAAACUCCACAUGGGAAGCCCAGAACUGUCCACAUUGAGGCAAACGUUCUAACCACUAGUCCCCCGUGUUGCCCUAAAUUGCGAGAUUAAAAAAAGUAAAAAAAAGUUAAAUAUCUUUUGUCAAAGUUGUGACAAAGUUUGUUGUGCUAUGAGUCUCCUCAAUAAACUUUUUGAUGAGUUGAUAA